ACACUCUUGCUAUGGACUGGAUCUGUUGCAACCCGGGGGAAGCUCGCCGGACAACCGUCGAGUGCAGCUGUGUGCUUCACGAAAACGCCAAACCAAGCGACCCGUGGGGCAAACAAUGGGCCCAGGGGAUCAACUUCUGAUGGAGGAUAUGAUUCUAUAGGUCUAACAUCCCACGACGAUCAAAUGACUUUCCCAAGCAAGUGUUUGGCUCGCCAGAGCUCCAGUCCAAGACCGCUCGUGGAUCCAUUGCUUCAAGACUUGAGUGAUCCCCAGAGACUGUACUUUCAUUACUACUCAAAUCGCGUUUGUAAGGACCUUAUCGGCCAUGAUUUCUCGGACCGCAACCCAUUCCGCAACCUUCUGCCAUUCACUCCAACACACCCGCUAUUGCAGCAAGUCAUCAUCGCUGCCUCAGCUGCUCACAUGUAUAACCAAGCGAGACGCUGGGUCGCUUCUGAGUCGUUUGAAAGGCAAGAAUCACCGAGGAAUGUCAUGAUGGACGCACUUGUGGCGAAACAUAAAGCCCUCCAGCUGAUGCCUUCUGCUAUUGCCAAUAUCGACACAGUUGGAAGCGAUAUUGUCCUCACUGCGGCACUGUUUCUUGUCAACGUGGAGCUCCUAGAGUCGGGGAAACACUGCUGGAAACCUCAUCUUGAGGGUGCUGCGAGGAUCUUGAGCCUAAUUCAGCCGCUCACCCUCUUUGACGAAACCCUGAAAGACUAUAUUAUGUCGGACUGUAUUGUUUAUUCCAUUCUCAGCCUCACCUUUAACGCCUCCCGCGGUGGUCUCUCAGCUUUUCUCGAUUCGUACCAGGCUCUCCCUAUCCUAGAACGAACAGCAAAUAGCUACCUGUGCUGUCCACCUGAACUACUCAACAUUCUCCUCGCUGCAUCUAAACUUCCUGACACCAUGUCAGGCGAGGCUAUUUCGGACGGUGUAGUUGAAGGAACCGGAGCGGCCUUCCUAGAACAGGCGCGAAACGUGGACCUUGUCUCCUGGGCAAACAAGCUGCACGAACAGGAUACCAUCAGAAGCCGUUUCCUGGCUGGGUCGGCUCAUCAGCUUGCUGCUUUACUGUACGUCUUACAGGUUGUGCCAUCACUAGAAAGUUGGAUCGCUGAUGGCGUCGUUCACACCCUUCUUGACGGGUUGCACGAGACCUUGUCCCACAUGCCGGAUGAGGAUCCGAAUUUCAAGGCCACGGCAUGGCCGAGUUUUGUUUUGGGUGCCACCACUCAGUCGCUGGAAAGACAGUCCUGGGUCAUGGACAGGCUGAAAAGAAUGACAAUAGUCUUUCCUUGGGGCUUCGUCUACUCUGCUAUUGACACCCUGAAAGUACUCUGGGGGCUUGGUCAGCAGGAAAGGCGCUCUAAGAGCUGGGUCAGAACGCUUCGAGACUUGGACGUGAAUUUCUUGAUUGUAUAA